UGCAUAUACAUACAUACAUAUACCCCUAGCUCCUCCCACUUCAUCUCCUCCUUACCUCACUUAAUCCUCUUGAAGCUUAACACAUCCAAAGAAAAUUAAGCCGGAGCCAUGAGCUCUGUUUGCAAUUCUUCCAUGCCGGCGAGGCCAACCUUCAUCAACCUCUACAAGUGGCCGGAGUCCGACGCCGAGUUCGUGAAGUCGAUGACAGAAGGAAGAAGAGGCAAGAGUACUGCCGUAACUGAUCAGAGUCAGAGCCACAGUAAGUGGAGCCCAAGUCCUCCGGUGGUGGACAGCUUCUCCUGCCGGCAGGUGUACCUGAGGAGCUACCCCUUCUCCAAGGAGGAGAAGGCAGCCACCGGAAAAACAAAGCAGUGCUUUGAGAAAGCCAAGGAAAAAGCGACCUCACUUUUCUCAACGAAGAAGAAGAAGAUUAAGAAGAAUGAACUGCGGUUUGUGAGCGACAGGAAGCUAAUCAAAGAUUUCCCUUACUCUUCCCUCUUCUCUAUCUUCUACCGCUUCCUGUUCUGCACCACCAGCGUCGAAGUUGUCGAUCGUAGAAGAGAACAAAGGAAAGGUGGGCAUCCUUUGCGAAAUUGCGAGUGGUGGCCAUGCAAGCAUGAGAGAUAAGCAUUCGAUUGGGCUUGGCGCAGUGCUCAAAAGGCGUGCCGUAGCUGUCACUGAUGAGCCACGCCUUUCUUCUCCAAUGGCGGCUCGCCAUUGGUGGUCAACCCUCAGUGAGCAGCUCGCUGAGCCUGCGAGGAACUGGAGGGGUAAAAGUUAAAAGGACAA